AACGUGGGCCGCCAUAUUGCAUAUUGACUGCUCGACAGUCCAGCCGCCAGCAUGCAGCUCCUCGUCCACUCCUCCUCACCAUGGCACACCGAGCCCUCCUGAGGCCGGUCCGGCUCGCGCCUUCCUCUGGCUUCGGCCGCACCUGCCGCAUCGCCAGGCCAUUCAGCACAGUCAUCGACGCCCCCAUCUCGGCUGCUGCUCAACAAGUCCCGCCGGCGGCACCCUCCAACGCCGGCAGCGUCUUCAGCGAUGCUGUCAAUGCCACGGGCCCCAGGACGAACUGGACCAAGGAACAGAUUGCUGAGGUGUACAACACGUCGCUCAUCGAGCUCACACAUGGCGCCUCUACCGUCCACCGCCGCUUCCACGAUCCCGCCGCGAUCCAGAUGUGCACUCUCAUGAACAUCAAGACGGGCGGCUGCAGUGAGGAUUGCAGCUACUGCGCCCAGUCGUCCCGCUACAACACGGGUCUAAAAGCUUCCAAGAUGGUCGACGUUGAGUCGGUUCUCGAGGCUGCUCGCGUAGCCAAGGCGAAUGGCAGCUCGCGCUUCUGCAUGGGCGCCGCGUGGAGAGACAUGCGUGGCAGGAAGACCAACCUGAAGAACGUCACGGCCAUGGUCAAGGGCGUCAGAGCGCUCGGCAUGGAGGCCUGUGUGACCCUCGGCAUGAUCGACGCUGAGCAGGCCAAGGAGCUCAAGAACGCAGGCUUAACAGCUUACAAUCACAAUGUGGACACAUCCCGGGAGCACUAUCCCAGUGUCAUCACUACACGGUCGUACGACGAGCGGCUCGCAACCAUCAACAACGUGCAGAAUGCAGGAAUCCAUGUAUGCACGGGAGGCAUUCUCGGUCUGGGUGAGAAGCCCCAAGACCAUGUCGGGCUCAUCUACACCGUUGCUACACUUCCUGCCCAUCCGGAGUCGUUUCCAGUGAACGCGCUCGUGCCCAUCAAGGGCACUCCCCUUGGUGAUAGGAUCUCAAAGGGUGAGACCAAAACGAUUGCUUUCGACGCUAUCCUGCGCACUAUCGCUACAGCGCGGCUUGUUCUCCCUACCACCAUCAUCCGUUUGGCGGCCGGCCGGCACACGAUGCGGGAGGAGAAGCAGAUGAUGUGCUUCAUGGCCGGUGCAAACGCUGUCUUCACAGGCGAGAAGAUGCUGACGACAGCCUGCAAUGGCUGGGAGGAGGACAAGGCCAUGUUUGAGAGGUGGGGGUUGAGGCCGAUGGAGGUCGAAGAGACCAUGGGUGGCAAGGAAGAACUCGCUGAGAAAGCUGCUGUUCAACCUGCUGGUGCGGAGGCUCAGAGCUCAAGCACGCAGCCAACCACCGCAUGAUCUUCAAGUGUAGCUUCGUGAAUAGACCAACAUGAUCCAUCAUGUCUUUUGCCAGU